AUGUCUUUGAUUUUCGAUAAAAAGUACAAGCUGGACACCAGCGAAAAUUUUGACGAAUACAUGAAAGCUCUGGGCGUCGGUUUGGUGAAACGCACAUUGGGCAACUCAGCGUCUCCGGUGGUGGAACUGACCAAAACCAAAGACGGAAAAUUGGCAUUGUCGUCAAUUUCGACUAUGAAAAACUCAGUGAUUGUGUUCAGCCUCGACGAGGAAUUCGACGAAGAGACGCUCGACGGCCGCAAAGUUAAAUCGAUCAUCCACCAGGAUGGAAACAAGCUGGUGCACGUUCAGAAAUCUGACAAGCACAGCGAAACCACGAUCGUCAGGGAAUUCAAUCCUGAUGAAUUGAAAAUGAUCCUAACUAUCGACAAAAUCACCUGUACCAGAAUCUAUAAACCAGUCGACUAA